AUGUCUUUCUUUUCGUCUAUUCCGACCAUAUUUUCUACUGUAUUAAAACAUUAUACUGAAGGCCCUCCUAAAAAAUCAUGGGAUCUAAAAUUUCAUUUGACCUUAGCAGUGGUUAAAAGCGAUAAUCAAUUUUCAAAAAAACCUAUUGAACAAUCUCGAAAGGAAAUGGAAGAUUAUCUUAAGCCUGAAAUUCCUUCUAAUAUAACUAUAAAAGAUGUUAUAUUAGAUGAGGAAUAUAGGCAAAAGAGUAAAACGCAUUUAGAAAAGAUUUUGAAACAAUAUGAUGAUGUGUUACAUGAGGGAUGGAAAGAUCCAAAUAAUCAAGGAUUGCAUGGGGAAUGGUUGUAUAUUAAUGAAAAAACUGAUCAUGUGGUUUUAUAUUUGCAUGGUGGUGGAUUUUGUAUCGGUUCAGCUAAAUCUGUUAGAACAGUUACACUCAAAUUGGUUGAACUUACUGAUUCUCGAAUUUUUGCACUUGAUUAUCGUCUUUCACCAGAGAGCCAAUUUCCUGCCGCUCUUUGUGAUUCCGUCGCUGCGUAUCUAUAUCUUAUAAAUCCCGGCCCAAAUGCUGGAUUUGAACCGAUCAAUCCUAAAAGAAUUGUAUUUGCUGGUGAGAGUGCGGGUGGCAAUUUGGUCUUUUCUACGCUCUUAGCUUUAAGAGACGCUGGAUUGCCUUUACCAGCGGGUGGAAUUGCAUUGGUUGAUUUAACUCAUAGCAUGCCAUCAUUUUGGGAUGCUAAAAUAGAUAAAGUAGAUUUUGUACCUUCAAAACUAGGCCUUUUUGCUUUCCCUUCAUCGCCUACCAUGGACGAAUCUCAUAUCAAUGCAAAAGCUCUAGCUGAUAAAAUCUCUCUAAAAAACCCUACGAUUGUUAGUCAUCCUUCUUUUACUGAAGUACCUCGUUUUAAUCAUUAUUGUGCUAACGAAGCGUUGGCAAUCCCUUAUAUUAGGCAA